CUUGUUGUCAUUGUGAAAUUGACAUCCGCGAAAAUCGAAAUUGCGUUUUGCGAAAUUGUGUUUUAGUUAACAAAAAAUGUAAAUUGUACCGUUUUCGACUUGAAAUAAAUUAAAUAUCUGUUAAACAUGUCAAGUGAUUCCUGCUUAUAUUUUGAUAUAAGAGAGGACCAAUGGCCUCUGAUUUAUGACGAUAACUAUAAUGUAUCGUUUUUGGGUUUAGAGAGGUUUCAUGUAUUCGAUGCUAAGAAAUGGCGCAACAUUAUCCAGUAUUUGAAAGAAGCAGAACUGAUAACAGACAAACACUUAGUGAAACCACUUGAAGCUCAGAAGAGUGAUUUACAAAUAGUUCAUUCAAAGAGAUAUCUCAAGUCACUAAAAUGGAGUCCAAAAGUAGCUGUGAUAGCAGAAGUUCCAGUGAUUGCACUGGUUCCAAAUAUGCUGGUGCAGUAUGCAUACUUGAAGCCUAUGAGGCUGCAAACUGGUGGGUCAGUGUUAGCUGGUAAGUUGGCCCUGGAGCGAGGCUGGGCCAUCAAUGUUGGUGGUGGCUUCCACCAUUGCAGUGGUGACAAGGGUGGUGGAUUCUGUCCCUACGCAGAUAUCACUCUGCUCAUCCGUUUCCUAGUCCUGCACCAAUUGAUACAGAAUGCUAUGAUUGUGGAUUUGGAUGCUCAUCAGGGAAAUGGAUACGAACGAGACUUCCUAGGCGUACCAGAAGUGUACAUAAUGGACAUGUACAACAAAUACAUAUAUCCGAAUGAUAAACAUGCGAAACGGGCGAUUAGGAAGAAGGUAGAACUCGGGAACAAAGUUGAAGAUAUGGAGUAUAUGCUCAAGUUAAGACAGAAUUUAAAAGAAGCCUUAAAGGAGUUCAAGCCAGACAUUUUGGUAUACAACGCUGGAACUGACAUAUUGGAUUCUGAUCCAUUGGGCCACAUGAGAAUUAGUGAAUUUGGCAUAGUAAAAAGAGACGAAUUCGUUUUUGAAACGUGCAAGGCGGAAAAUAUUCCUAUCGUAAUGCUGACAAGCGGAGGGUACUUGAGGAAAACUGCUAGAAUCAUUGCUGAUUCCAUCAUGAACUUACAUCGCAAAGGACUUAUUCAGGGAUAAGGUAUCACGUGAUGAACAACCAAUCAGGAUUGAGGAUUAUGAUGCGAUAUUAAAUAUCUCAUUUUAGGCAUCCUUGUUAUUCUGCUUGCAAGGUAAAUUUAGUAUGAAUUUUUAUUGUCUAUGUUAAUAACGUUCUAUUAUUAUUAUACCUCAUGAAAUUCUUACAUCGAGGGAAC